AUGAAUUCCUCCGCCGUUCUCUCCGUUCUCCUCCUCUUCCUGCUCGGAUGCGUAGCCAGUCAACCGUUGUUCGGGCUCGAGAAACAGCUUCUUUACUCGUUCCAGGAUCCAGACGAGGUCAGUUUUCGAGUGAAUUCCUUCCGAAUCCUCCCCCUUUUUGAGUUCGAGAUCAUCAACAAACGGUCCCCGCUGCUCAGUCUCGUCGGAUCGAACGUCCGUUUCACCGAGCCGUUCCGGAAUCGAGUUCUCAACAAAAAGAAGAUCCGCUCAGUCGGUAGGAACAAUUUGCCCUACUCUUUGAAUCGUUUUCCUUUCAGAUCCAGAACAACUGCCGCUUCUGUACCAGUAA